CCUGUUAUCAUUCCUUCACAAAAUGUCGGUCGUGCGAAGCAGAUGAUGAUGGGAAGGUUCAGUGUCGAUGUUUUCCUGGGAAGUGAGAAGAAAAACUGCAGCUUUUAGGCAAGGCUAUAAGUGAAUAAUCCGUAUUUGAACGAAACUCGUGGCAAUGGAAGACCCGUUUUUCGUCGUCAGAGAUGAAGUGCAAAAAGCUGUCAGUAGCAUCCAGGAAUUACACAGAAGAUGGCAAGAUCUUCUCAAUAAUGCUAACACUUCAGGAAAAGAAGAAUUGAACUGGACAACAAAUGAGAUUAAGAACAGUAUCAGAAGUGUAGAGUGGGAUCUAGAAGACCUGGAAGAAACUAUUGGCAUUGUUGAGACCAACCCAGGCAAAUUCACUUUACCAAAAGAUGAAAUUGAAACCAGAAAAGGAUUUAUACAAAAUGUAAAAAGGACUGUACAGUCAAUCAAGGAGGAGGUACAUAGUUCAGAAACCAGAGUUAAAAUAGAAAAGAACAACAGACAGGCGUUGGUUGGUCCUGUUAAGUAUCAAUCAGGCAACAAGUACUCAAGACUUGAUAAUGAAAUGGAAAAGUCAAAUCAGAGAUUUAUAGAUGAUGCACAGAGCCAGCAACAAGUGCUGAUGAGAAGACAAGAUGAACAGCUGACAGAUGUUGGUCAUAGUGUGGGUGUUUUAAAAAGUAUUGGUGUUAGAAUCGACAAUGAACUUGAAGAACAAUCUGUGCUGUUAGACGAUCUAGGAAAUGAAAUUGAAAUGACCGACUCAAAGCUCCAAACCAUGCUUGUCAGAGUUGAAAAAGUCCUGAGACUAGCUGAUGAUAAAAAGCAAACAUAUGUCCUCAUAGCGUUAAUAGUCCUUAUGGUGAUAGUCAUCAUUCUCUUUAUUGUACCUACUUAAUAAUUAUUUAGUUAUUUGUAAUAUAGAUCACUGAGAUUAACUACCUGAGAUUAAGACACAUAUAUUUGAAUGGCAAACUGUCAUUAGAGUACUGGCGAAAAUGUGUCUACCAUACCUAUGUGUUAUUGACAUUGUAAUAUUGCAAAGUCUACAGCCAUAAUAAAGACAAAUUAUAGCUCCUUUAUAAAUUAGUUCAAUAGUAAUGCUGAUUGCCAUAUUGCUGGGAAUUCCCCUAAACUAAGUUCAUGAUUUCUAUGUGAACGAUGAUGAUAGUCAAUGGAAAGCCGCAAUGUGAAGUAUAGUUAUUCAAAACUAGUGGACAUAUUUUCUGCGCUGUAUGUCAGAAUAGCACGGAGAUAUAUUCAUAUGUCUCUAAGUUGGCAAUGUUGCACUAGUGUUUUUAUUGUAAUGUAUAGCACCAACACCUUGUCAUUAAAUAAACUUUGACGAUCAAGUGUCUGAGAACUGAGAGAACCUUUUGAAAGUAAAACACUGUUGUUGGGCUUUGUAACUAAAAUAUUUCUGUUUUUGGUAGUAUUUCAUUUUUGCGGAAUAGUUAAUGUGUAUGUGUACAGGUAAUUGUACUCUUAUAUCGAAGUUUAAUUAAUUGACUUUCCAUAAAGAUUCUGGACAUUUUCCAAUAGUUAGAAAUUUGCUUUGCCUGCCAUUACCUCCAAAGAUGUGUUGCACUAUAGUAUCCUAGCUCGCUUACAGCAUUUCAGUCAACUAAAACUGUAUAUUUAUGUAUAUUUAGACCCCCUUUGUAAGGUCGAAUGCCAUGUCAUUAUGUAGUGUAAGGCCUUACUCUACUUAUGAAGUCAAAGGAAAUUAUGCUUUGCAUGGUUCACCUUUAAAGACUCAUAUUUAAGCGACCACAAUCUCAAUGCUUUUAACUCUGAAAUGAGAUUUUCAACAUUUCUGUUUGUAUAGUUAACUACUUAAAGAUCUGUCUCCCCUCGCUAAUUUCCUAAAAUUUAGUUGGAUGUAUUUUGCAAUAUUUAAAGUACAUAUGACCUUGAAAUAACGUCAAAUUCUUCAUAUCCUUUUUCUGAAGGCAUAUUGAAUUGGUAGUUACAAGAUCGUUCUGUUGCAACCAGUGGUAUGGCGAGUAUGGCCGGGCCGGGCAGUAGCGGCUCCAGCCUGGGGUAAUUGGGGGGG